GCACUCAAUUCAACCCUUUCCUUUCCCUCGAUUGCGUCUCGUUAUCCAACAAACCCCGGUUUUCGUGCUGGCCACAGGAUCUCCUCGAUUCAAUACGCUCUCUUCACUCCCUCGAGCUCCAUCAACCCGUUCAAUCGGACUUGCAAUUCUCUAACCCAGUCCACCGUUCGGUGGUGUGUCGAUCGCAGCUGGUCUCUUCGCAUGGGAAAUAAAGAAUGCUUCUCAAUUUAGGCCUCCCAGCGAAUACCGCCGCAGCCCACGAGUCCGACCUCGUUGUCUCCAACCCCGUCUCCCAACGAUCUAGUCCCGUUCACGGCUCGUCGCGUCCCGUCUGCUUUGCGACGCUGCCAUUAUUGGGGCUGGACGAUCUAUACAAUCGCUACCGCGGUGUGCCGCCAGGAAAGCUGCCCCCGACAGAUCAACCUGCCAUGUCGGGGAGCUCGGUCGACUCGCUACCCAUGAGCGACGCAAAUCACUCGACCGUUGGACCCGGUCUCGCCCGUCCGCGGAUCGGCCGUGCGCAAACCCAUUCAGUUAGGAAACAAUCGUCGCGCGCGAAGACGUCAUACCAAUUAGCCCACCCCGCGGGCCACGCCCGUCACCGGCGACUUAAACUCCGUCCCAAGCUCCUGCUGCAAGUGCAGCGCGUCUCCCCGACCUCGCGCCCGCUACCCGUCCUCGAUGUCCUUCCCUCCUCCGUCUUCCUCCCGCGACUGGCGCGCAAGUUCCCCGCAAUUUUCCGGGGCAAGAAAGGGCUGGGCCCGAAUGACUUGAUCGUCGUCGCCAGCGAUCUCUACGAGCCCGCAGGCGGCAGGGAUAUCGCCGAGCGGCAGUCGACGUCGGAUGACGAAAGCGGCGAGCAUCGGGAGGUCAUCGCGACGAUCUGCCAGCUGUUGAAGGAGAACGCGCUGUCCCAGGGGAAGACGGAGAUCUGCCUCCGUGACGGACCCGUCUGGGAAGCGACCCCCCUCUCCAACGGGUCGUAUGAAUUUGUGGCCCACACCGAACAGGGCAUCCAGACCGUACGAUGGGUGGUGCGGAAUGGGCGGAAUCGUCGCGUGUCGGCGCCCCCGGGGUCUACUCUAGCGGAGGAUGGCCGGCGGUUCACCUUCAGCGUCAUCGACCCCACCACUCGACGGCACCCAGUCCUGGCGAGCAUGGCACGUAACCACUUGGAGGUGUUUCACGAGUAUUCCAUGCCCAGCAGUGCGGGCUCGACCGCCGCCUCCCCCACCUCCGGCAUGUCUGUCGUGAGCGACCUCUCCGAGGCCGACAUCGCGCUGGAUCGACAGCCCAUCCCAGUGGACGACUACCUACGGAAGUUGAUCAUCGUCACCAGCAUCUGGGUGGCCAUGCGCGAGGGCUGGUCGCACAGCUUUCGCUACGACGAUUCGGCGCUGGCGCUGAACCCCAAGGCCAUCUGCGGCUCCCGACACGACCUGCCCAUGACGCCACAGAACGAGAACGAGCCAUUUCCGAAGGCACAGAUCGUUGACCCGGAUGGAUUGCGCAUUGGCUUGAGUUCCCGACGGCCAACGUCUAGUACCUUACCCCCGAGUCUGUCAGUUCCGAAUUCGCCUGUGGCAUACGGUCGCCUAAAUAAGCGCUCGAACUCGACGGGGGCGGCUUUUAUCGAACGGUCGAACCGACGCGCAUCUGGGAUCGACAAUGGGCCCAAUCGGCAUAGCGGACUCUGCAGCCCGCGAGGGGUAUCCCAAAACCGGAAUUCCGAGAGCAACCCUGCAGUCCGAGCAGUCCCAGCAGUCCCAGCAGCCCCAGCCACCAAUGGCCAGACCCGAUCGCAGCGGAAGAAAACUGACUCGGAUGAUCGAACCCCGCAAUCUGGAGCACACUCUGGGGAGGCUUCCCGGUCUAUCCCCGGGCGUGCACCAGAGCCCGAGCCCACGAAGGGAAAAUGCCGGCGCCGCCUCAGUCAUGUAUUUGACUGUUUAGUGCGAAGGAACAGCCACCGCCACUAGCUAGUCAUUGCCUGAUUCGCAGUUUGAGCUUGAUUAUGCUCAGAUUGUACGGUUCGAUCCUCACAGGACUGGGCGAGUCCCACGUUUCCUAUUUACAGACGGCAUAUCCACGGCCAGGCGCCGAGACACGGACCCAAUCUUUUCUCUUCACAUAUCUCAACCAUUCCUCUCUUCACAUUCCUCACUCGUUCCUCUCUUUACUUUCUUUUUUACUCUUUUUUGCUCUUAAGCCAUAUGAUUCCCCAUGAGAUACCGGUAUG